CUCAGUGCAGCAAUCAAGAACAAACCUUACGUGAUUUGGCGGCAAUUGCCGGCGACAUAAUCUCAGCAUAGAAAAAAUAUUGUUUUAAAUUGCUUCUUAAUUGUUUGGAACAAAUUAAUUCAUAAAUAUGGGUAUUACCGGUUUGCUACCAUUCUUAGAAAAGUCUUCUAAGAGGACAAAUAUUAAAGAAUUUUCCGGUAGUGUUGUCGCGAUUGAUUCAUAUUGUUGGUUACACAAAGGUGUAUUCUCUUGUGCUGAAAAAUUGAUGAUGGGACAGACAACAAAUGCAUAUGUUCUGUAUUGUAUGAAGUAUAUAGACAUGCUUCUAAAGUAUAAAAUAAAACCAAUUUUGGUAUUUGACGGUCGACGGUUGCCUGCUAAGGAACACACGGAAAUUAAAAGACGACAGACCAGACAAAUAAAUCGUCAAAAAGCAAUCGAAUUAAUACAAAUGGGUCAAGUUGCGGAGGGAAGAAAUUUAUUGAAACGAGCUAUAGAUAUUACUCAUGAAAUAGCAUUAGAAUUAAUUAAACAUUGCCAAAAUGAGAAUAUUGACUGCAUUAUAGCUCCUUAUGAAGCAGAUGCACAAUUAGCAUAUUUAAAUAUUAGCAAUAUAGCUGACGUUGUUAUCACAGAGGAUAGUGACUUGACAUUAUUUGGAUGUAAGAAAAUAUUUUUCAAAAUGGAUUUUAAUGGAAAUGGAGUUUUAAUUGAGCAAGACCGAUUACAUUUAGCAAUGAAUAUGCGACCUGAAGAGUUUGAUAUGAAUAAGUUCCGUUACAUUUGUAUUUUGUCUGGUUGUGAUUAUCUCCCUUCACUUCCUGGUAUCGGAUUGGCAAAGGCGCGAAAAUUUAUUUCAAGAAAUACAGAUCAUAAUAUACAUAGAGCGUUGACACGUAUAGGAUCAGUACUCAAUAUGAAAUCGUUAGUUGUAACACAGGAAUAUAGAGAUGCGUUUAUAUUAGCAGACAUAACAUUCAAACAUCAAUUAGUGUUCUGCCCAUUACAAAGAAAGCAAGUGAGAUUAAGUCCACCCACAACUGACAUUACCGAGGAUCAAUUACAAUAUGCUGGUAAAGAAUUAGAUCCGGACCUUGCUUUCCAACUAGCCCUCGGCAAUUGCGAUCCGUCUACUUUAAAAAUAGUUCACAAUUUUAAUCCAGAUAAAAUUGAGCGCAAAAGGAAACGAGACGUGGAAGUAGGACAAACAUUGACAUUGAUUUACAUUAGCAUUUGGUCAACCAAAUAUAAAUUAAAAACAAAAAAUCAUAUCUUAUUUUCUAAAAAUGCGAUAAAUUCAUCAAGUACUGCUAAAAAAGAGCUGAUUAUGCAAAGAAAUGUUGUAAAUGAUGAAAACACUCCAUCAGAGUUGCACAAUAAUCCGACUAUACCAUGCAAUAAAUUUUCAGAAUGUCAGGAUUCAGAUGAAAAUACUAUUUUGGAUAUGUAUAAUACUAGUCAAGAUGCUAAAUUAAUUUCUAGCUCUGAAGAGAAAGUAGAAGAAUAUUUAUACUUAGCAGGAAAUAAUACGUCACCAGAAUUAUUUAAAUUCAGAAAUCCAUUUGUUAAACGAGUAUCCGAUCUCACAACCUCGCCGAGUGUUUUGUUCAAUGGGAAUAGUCGAAGAAAAGGAAAAAAUUUAAUGCGUAUAAGACGAACUAUCAUAGAUGAAAAUAUAGUAGAAAGCAAAUAUUUCUCAAAACAAGAUGAUGAAAAGAUCAAUGUACUUGAUUUGAAGAAUACGAGAAUUGAAGGUGUCGAUUUGAAAAAUACAAAAUGUAAUAUAAUUCCAGAAACAAGUGAUAGUAUAUGUGAUAUCAGAGCAAAUCAUAAACCAUUAGAAACAUUAUCUGUAGUAAACCACCUAGAAAAUAUAAACUCGGAUAAAGAGUUUGAUGAUGCACUCUUAUUAGGGCAAAAUGAAUAUUUGACUAACACUUGUGAAGAUGUUUCUAAAAAAUCAUGUAACUACAGCUUAACUGAAGUAUCACAUUCUACAAUUGAUAAAGAUUACAUUUUAGAUAAAUGUUUAUCAUUGAGUUCUAAUAUGGAAGUCGCUAAUGAUUCAAUUAAUUAUGAAAAUAGUUUGCAAAAUAAUUUAUCAGAAUGCUCAAGUAUUAAAGAUCAACAAAUUUCCUUACAUAAGAAAAAAAUUUUCAAAAAACGAAGUUCAAUAAAUCUGGUAAAAGGAGUUAAUUCAACAACGAAAAGAAAACAAUUGCAUCAAAGUAAACAAUUAUCAUUAGUUGCAAGACAGCAAAGUUUAUUGAGUAUGUAUGGCUUCCAAAAAAAGAGGGAUUCAUGAACACUGACUUAAAAAAUUUUAAACAUUCAUUUUGAAAAAAUCUAGAUGUAUUAUUUUUGCAAGUAUCUCAAUAGAUAUUAUAUUCUUCGAAUGUUUCAAAAUAUUGUAAAUAAAAUUCGAUUAUAAUUAACGAAAUGUAACAACUAAUAUGAUAUUAAUAUAA